UAACUAUGAAUUUUUAUUUGUUAAAGAGAAUAGUCGCUUGGGAUCAGCAUGAGAAUCUGUUCGUUUUUAUUGAUUGCUGUUAUGGCGUUGACAUACAAAAGUCAUUCAGUCAUCAUUAUCACUGAUUUAAAAGUGUCGUUCAAUAAAACGUUGACAAACAUAUCAUACGUGCUUGUAAAUGAUGGCGUUCAUCCUACUUUGUUGCACAUUACGAUGGAUUAUUUCUUCGAAAUCGUCAAAGCUAGGCUCAUAUGCAGCAUCAAUUGUCCGGAAAAUGAGAGAGAUCGAGGAUAUAAGCGACAAUAUUUCAAAACUUCAUUGGAUUUUGGAAAAAUAUUCAAAGGAGUUUUCGGAAAUUCGAUAACGGAGAAAAUAGGAAGAAGUUUUCUUAAAGAAACCAAAAUAACAAUGCCUGUAAAAGAAGGUCGUUACGUCGUUUAUAAUUUUUCCCUUCCUGACAUUAUUUUACCUUUUGGUCUACCAUCGAGAGCUUAUUUACAUUGCCUUAUAGACGGAAAGACCAAAGGAGAAAAGAAAUCAGUGCAUGGAAGCACGUGGGAAUAUUUCGUUAAGCGAAUUUAAUUUAAGAGAACUUUUAAUAUUAUUUUAUUUUGAUUUUGUAAUCAUAAAUGAAUAAUAAUAAAGAAGUAACUUUGUUGGCGCUUAUAAACC